CUAUUUUGCUAUGUUCAGUUUUUCAGUGACUUCGGUGCGAUUGUACCCAAGUGCACCCUUGGGUAAAGAAUAGUUGGCUAAUUUAGCUCAAUUUCCCAUCCGGCCAUCCGAUCCAGUUGAUCUCUCACUCGCCCAUUAAGUUAUUUCUGUAGUUCUCUUCCGCUCCGCCUCAAACAUUACAGAGAGAAGUUGAAGGAGGAGAAAAAUAUAUCGUCACACCACUCCACUUGUGGCCUUGUUUCUGUUGAUACUUGAUCUUUCGUAGGGAAGACCCCGAGAUCUGCUAAUUCAUCUUCUUAUCCGCAACGAUUCAUUUCUCAUUUUCAGUAGAAAACAGACAGAUCUCUGCACGAUGGCGCAGCCGCUUGUGAAGAAAGAUGAUGAUCGCGAUGAGGAAGCUGAUUACUCUCCAUUUUUGGGGAUUGAGAAGGGUGCUGUGUUACAGGAAGCUAGGGUUUUCAAUGACCCUCAGUUGGAUGCAAGAAGAUGUUCACAGGUCAUCACGAAGCUUCUGUAUCUUCUGAAUCAGGGUGAAACAUUUACAAAGGUUGAAGCUACGGAAGUAUUUUUCGCUGUUACCAAGCUGUUUCAGUCCAAAGACACUGGUUUGAGAAGGAUGGUUUAUCUAAUGAUUAAGGAACUUUCGCCGUCGGCGGAUGAGGUUAUCAUUGUCACUAGCUCCCUAAUGAAGGACAUGAACAGCCGUACUGAUAUGUAUCGAGCAAAUGCUAUUCGUGUCCUUUGUCGGAUUACUGAUGGGACACUUUUGACACAAAUUGAGAGAUACCUAAAGCAGGCUAUAGUGGACAAAAACCCAGUCGUUGCAAGUGCUGCUCUCGUGAGUGGUAUUCAUCUGCUGCAGAUACGACAAAAUGAUCGGUUGGCUGUGAGCAAGUUGGUUACCAGCUUGACAAAGGGGACUGUUCGUUCACCUUUAGCUCAAUGCCUUUUGAUUCGCUACACAAGCCAGGUUAUCGGAGAGUCAGGUGUUAAUCCACAAACAGGAGACCGCCCAUUCUAUGACUAUCUUGAGAGUUGUCUCCGCCACAAAGCUGAAAUGGUUAUCUUUGAAGCAGCUAAGGCAAUCACAGAAUUAAGCAAUGUCUCUACUCGAGAGUUGACCCCAGCCAUAACUGUUCUACAGCUUUUCUUAAGUUCUUCUAAGCCUGUGCUAAGAUUUGCUGCUGUCAGGACUUUGAACAAGGUAGCUAUGACACAUCCCAUGGCUGUUACAAAUUGUAAUAUAGACAUGGAAAGCUUGAUUUCAGACCAGAAUAGAAGUAUAGCAACUCUUGCCAUAACCACUCUGCUGAAAACAGGCAACGAAUCUAGUGUUGAUCGGUUGAUGAAGCAGAUCACAAAUUUCAUGUCUGAUAUUGCUGAUGAAUUCAAGAUUGUUGUAGUAGAAGCCAUAAGAUCCCUGUGUCUGAAAUUCCCCCUCAAGUACAGAUCUCUGAUGAAUUUCUUAAGCAAUAUUUUGAGAGAGGAGGGUGGUUUCGAGUACAAAAAGGCAAUUGUUGAUUCAAUCGUGGUCUUAAUUAGAGAUAUUCCAGAUGCCAAAGAAAGUGGGUUGCUACACUUGUGUGAAUUUAUUGAGGAUUGUGAAUUCACAUAUCUGUCCACGCAGAUACUUCACUUUCUUGGAAAUGAGGGACCCAAGACGUCAGAUCCCAGUAAAUAUAUCCGUUAUAUUUACAAUCGGGUGAUACUUGAGAAUGCUACCGUACGAGCGAGUGCUGUCAGUACACUGGCGAAAUUUGGUGCUGUUGUCGAUUCACUGAAACCACGCAUAUUCAUUUUGUUGAGGCGUUGCCUAUGCGAUAAUGAUGACGAGGUUCGAGAUAGAGCUACACUGUAUUUGAACACUCUUGGAGAUGGUUCAGUUACUGAAACUGACAAAGAUGUCAAGGAGUUUUUGUUUGGCCCGCUUGAUAUACCGCUGGCAAAUAUGGAGAGUAGUUUGAAAAAUUAUAAAUAUACAGCUUCGAAGCUUAGACUCACAUCUUUUCUUUUGAAACAGGCACAGAACCUCUCGGAAGAGCCUUUUGAUAUCAAUUCUGUACCUAAAGAUGUUAAGUCUCAGCCUCUUUCCGAGAAGAAGGCCCCAGGCAAAAAGCAGACUGGUUUGGGUGCUCCACCUCCUGCCCCCAUCUCUGCAGUUGAUGCUUAUGAAAGGCUUCUCUCUGCUAUCCCUGAGUUUGCAAGUUUUGGUAAACUUUUCAAGUCGUCACCGCCAGUGGAGCUUACAGAAGCAGAAACCGAGUAUGCAGUCAAUGUUGUCAAGCACAAUUUUGACAGCCACGUGGUGUUUCAGUACAACUGCACAAAUACUAUACCAGAACAGCUGCUUGAAAAUGUGACCGUUAUUGUGGAUGCUUCUGAAGCUGAGGAAUUCUCUGAAGUAGGAACCAAACCUUUAAAGUCGCUUCCAUACGAUACGCCAGCGCAAACUUUUGUGGCCUUCGAGAAACCUGAAGGAGUACCUGCAGUUGGAAAAUUCUCAAAUGUGUUGAGGUUUACUGUUAAAGAGGUCGAUCCAUCCACUGGUGAGGCCGAAGACGAUGGUGUGGAGGACGAAUACCAGCUUGAGGAUUUUGAGGUUGUGGCUGCUGAUUAUAUUCUGAAAGUCGGGGUCUCCAACUUUAAGAACGCAUGGGAAAGCAUGGAUCCCGAGUCUGAGCGCGUAGAUGAAUACGGUCUUGGGCCCAGAGAGAGCCUGUCUGAAGCUGGUACGGAGGUGGUCUCCAGCAACUCAAGAUCACACACAUGUUUGCUAUCGGGUGUUUACAUUGGUAGUGUGAAGGUGCUUGUGCGGUUGUCAUUUGGUAUUGACGGGUCAAAGGAGGUGGCUAUGAAGUUAGCCGUAAGAUCCGAUGAUGUAAAUGUAAGUGAUGCCAUCCACGAAAUAGUUGCUAGUGGGUAAAUCUUUCAAUUCCGCUCCCAAUUUAUUUUUGUAUUUUAUGGUUGAGAGAAAGAAAAAGGAAAAGAAAAACUUUUUUUUUUUUUUGCUGGAUUGUGUUCGCCAAGUUAUAUAACGAUCUACCAUUUUGUAGCGUAAUUGAGGAAGAGUGUGUAUGAUGGGAGAAUUUGUGUACUGUGUUGCCUUUCCUAUUUUCCUCUGGGAGAUGUUAAAAACCUGCCCUUCCUAUAUUUGAUUAUAUAUUCAUUUGAUUCAGUCUUUUGUUGCUAUUUUGAACUCUCUUGAACUAAUUUGAUGUUAUGGACUUUCUUCAU